UAAUGUCUAAGAAGUUAACUGUGGCCGAUAAAAGACAGGACAAAUGCAUUGCUUGUCCGUACGAUCCUCUUCAUCGUUUGAUGCCGGAACGGUUUGCCUUGCAUUUGAUACGCUGCGCCAAAAAUCAUCCGGGUUCGAAAAUGGUGCGUUGCCCCUUCAACAAUACCCAUUUGUUCAGCAGCGACACACUGCAGCACCACGUGGAGAGUUGUCCGGAUCGUGCAUACUUCGUGCGAUAUACGACUCCCGAUAAGCUCCCUCUACCUGGGCCAUCAACUGGAAAGUUUUUCGUUGAGUCGGCGGAGGAUUGGGACGCAGAACCACCGGCUCCUACCUACAAUCCUGAAGAUCACUGUCGAGAGUCGUUCGUAAUAAGGAACCCGCAGGGUGCUUCACCGUCCGCCCGUCGUCAAUUUCGGGAGCAGGAACGCCGCCGUUUCAUCGAGAAUAACAAGUUUUAGACGAUAUGGAAGUAUUACUCGAUUACUAUAAUCCAGCAAAUUGCACAACAUUUGCAGAAACCCAUUGCCGCUUAUCCACGAACUUGUCAUACCUCACUUGACAAUACCAUUAACAAAUAAUAAACAUAUUGGUACAUUAACCAUAAUUAAUCAAC